AAACCGAACACAACGUGUCCUCAUUACUUCUGUUUCACCUGCACCAUACAGGUUGGUAAACUGUGCAUAAAUCACAAUGAAUCCCCCAUAAGGUAUGCGUAGAUAAUAUGUAACGGCCAGCUAACAUUUAAAGACUUUGUAGCGCUGUUUACAUGUGUAAAACCGUUAACUAGUGUGUGUAUUAGCCUAGCUUCCCUGGUAUGGCGCCAUUUUGGGGACAACGUGAUCUGACGCAGUAAGGAUACAAUUUUGUCAGUAUAUCUGUAUUUACAUACAUGUAUAGUCAUUGUUUGUUUGUAAUAAAUAUGUACUUUGUAAGGGUUAUAAGUUAGUUACUGUUGGUAAAACAGUAAGGUUGUUUGUUACACUUAAAUAUGUUUCAGUUUAGUGACCUGCCAUUAAUGGCAGAAGGUAAAUAGUCAACAUGACAGGUUAGAGGGGUCAUGAAAUACUACUUUUAAGUGAAAGUAAAAAGAAGAGUAGUAUUAAAUACAGGUUAAUACUGUAUACAAAUGUAUUUAAGGUACAACACAUUUUAUUGAAUGAAAUUCAAUUCGACAUGUGUUUAUCACAUAAAAGAGUAACAUACAGACAGAGUGAAGGUAUGUGAAUGGUUAUUGAGGAAUGUAAGUCGAAACUGAAAUGCAUAAGAUAAUUUAUGUUUAUAUGAUUGUAUGUAAUAAAACAAUCUCAGAAGUAAUCUUGAAGGAAACUGAACACAACGUGUCCUCAUUACUUCUGUUUCACUGUUAUCAUCACUGUUAGUGUGGUCCUCAUAUCGGGGACCCGUUACAGUUCUUGGGGACUCGUCCGGGAUCGGUGCCACCUACUGGUCGGGAGCUGAUCCAUUAAUGACUUCUAGGACCAAUACCGGAGCUGAUGCGAGCAGAGAGCUGUAAGCUGGAGCAGACGUGGAACCAUUGCUGAACUGAGCAAUCCAUCGUGAGUGAAUAGGCUCUGUGCACAAGAUGGCGUCUAUCAACUUCCGGCGGGUGGGUGUGAGGGCGAGUACUUCCGGUUUGAGUACAGAGUUUUGACAGUUUGACAGUUUGUUAUGACACACCAAGAGCAAGAAUGAGCGGAUUUCAGGGUAAAGAAAAGCGAUUGGCCUUCCAGCAGGUAAGAAAGUCAGCACUACAUUGCUGUGUGCCCCUGUGUACGAAUUUGUCCCGUUAUAAUCGGGAGAUAAGUUUCCAUGCAUUUCCCAUUGAUGCUGAGGUAAAAGGCUCAGUGGCUGAUCAAGAUCCGUAGGGACAAUUUCAGCCCCACAAAAAAUACCCGUGUGUGCAGUAGGCAUUUUCGACCGGGAGACUUAUUGGUCACAGCUGGAGGACUGCACAGAGUACAGAAAGGAGCUAUACCUGUUCUCUUUGCAUGGAAUAAUAACGAGCUACCUACACCAAGACGUAAUGUUUGGGAGCGUCGGCCGAGGGCAGAGAGCCCCACCCCGGACUUGACAGCUGAGUACGAGGUGGAAACAGUUGCGCUGCCUGAUCAUGAGUACUGUUUAAAACCAGCGACGGCAGUGAUGGCAAAUCAGGUGGCCAACGAGAACAAAGCCUUGAAAAGUCAGAUUAGGGAGCUCCAACACCAGCUGGAAGUGUUACAACUGCGAUCUCAUUUCGGGAUACAACGCCUGGCAGGGUCGGACGAGGACAUUCGUUUCUACACCAGAUUUGCCACAUACAAGCAUUUCCUUGCCUUUUGGAAAUUGGUGGAGCCAGCAGCCAACACCAAGAUGGUGCGGAUCACCAACGAUAAGGCAUCCUCUGCCAGCAGCUCGGAUUCCUCUCAACCAACAACAACGAAACUUCCACCCAUAGAUGAGCUGCUGCUGUUCCUCAUGCACCUGUCAGUGGGCCUACAUCUGAGGGAUCUAUCAGAACGGUUUGGCAUUCACCGCACCACAGUCAGCAGAAUUAUUUCCACCUGGACACACUUCCUUUACCAACUGCUUGGAAGCAAACGUCUGUGGAUCCCACGCGAAGUUGUCAGAGCUCACCUUCCACCAGAGUUUUCAGUUUUCCCUGACACACAAGUGGUGCUUGACUGCACUGAAGUAUUCUGCCAGACUCCAUCAUCUCUCCUGCUUCAGAGUGAGGUGUUUUCAACAUACAAGUCGCAUGCUACAUUCAAGGCCAUGAUCGGCAUGGCACCACAUGGUGCCAUUACAUUUGUGUCUGGCCUGUAUGCAGGAUCUAUGAGUGACCGGGAGAUUUUCAAGCUGUCUGGCAUCGUGAGCCUGCUCACACCAGACAUGGCGAUAAUGGUCGACAAAGGGUUCCUUGUGGACAAUCUGGUUGAGGGCAAAGUUUACCGGCCUGCCUUUCUGUCAAAAAACCCCCAAAUGAGCAGGGAGGAUGUCAGGCAGACUCAAUCCAUUGCACGUCUGAGGGUCCAUGUGGAGAGGUGCAUCAGAAGGGUCAAAGAGAACAAACUCUUUGACAAAGCCAUACCACUGUAUGUGUGUGGAAGCAUUGAGGAGCUUUUCAAUGUGGCUUGCUUCCUGGUCAACUACCAGAACGGACCACUGGUGAAAGCAUGGGCAAGCCUGGGCAGCAAUGAUUAAAAGAUUUCUUGCUCCCAAA